AAUGAUACUGCACGCAAGAUUUAAAUACAAUAUUGUUCUUUGACAAUGCUGGUCAACACAAGCCAGUGGUCCAGGCGAACGCUGUGAGAGCACAGAUGCUUUUUGAUGUUGAUGUGGCUGCUGUGAAUCCUGCUGGGAUGUGACACGAGGCGUUGAAGCGGAGCCACAUUCAGCUCUGGCCAGCGAGCACUCACACGUUUCAGGAUAUUACAGCUAAGCUGAUAAGGAGAAGAUUUGUCCUGGAAUGAAAGACGUGCUGUGUGGCGCCGGAUCGCUCGCUAACACCUCAGAUUUAAGUUUUAGUACUCACACAGGACGACCAAAUAAAACAAGCCUCUUCAAUACGCAUGGAGUUUCUUCACUUUAUUCCUGUUGCCUUGGUGGCAUUUCUGAGGCUAUACUAGCAGUCACCUUAUAUUAGGACUCUUAUCCUGUUCAAAGGGUCCCUCCCUCCUUCCUCAUGCCCCUUCAGACUGAGCACAGAAACCCUGCAUGACAUCAGCCCAGCCAUUAUGGGGUCCCGCCGUCUGCUUUCACACACUAAAAUCAGCAACGUCAGCAGCAACGGCAGACCGAGACCCUGGGCACACUGAGACAUCAGCCUUCUGACAGAGGGAGAACUUCCACCCCCUCCUCCCUCUUCAUCUUCCUCCUCUUCGCUUCCUUUCUGUCUCUGUUUGCACCCUCCCAUCACAUCAUCUUCCCGUCGAGCUUGAUGGCACAGCAACUAACAGCAACUAAUGAAAUGCACACACACACAUGAAACAGUCUGGUUUAAACUGUGGACUGGAGGCCAUGUGCUUCACACCUUCAUGAAGGUCAUCCACGUCAUUGGUGCUGAUGUUUUGUGUGAAACCUACGACCCGGCGGUGCUGCACCGUCGCUGGGUGUGGUUCUGGCCUCCCUCUAGUUUUCAGUGCCAAGUUCAGACGGUGCUGGUGUGACUCAGUGAUGUACAGUAAAGAGCUCAGAGGAACAGUGGAAUCAGGUCUAUCAGUCCUUGCAUGCACACACAAUACUUUAUGGGAUCAGUUCAUCAUUGUUCCUGUCUGUUUUAUGGGAUUUGCUGACAGUAAGAACAUGACUAGACGUCUCCUCUGGGUUUUUCUCCAGUGAUACUGAGAGACGCUUUUGCCUGCUUCAUUCUCAGUCUGAUUUCCUGCAGCACUAGAGCCAAGUCUCAUGAGUGACACAGCAUGUUUUGUGUUUGCAUAAUUUUCCCAUUACUGAGCUUAUUAGGCCACAUAUGAUGCAUGUAUCAAAGGUCAGAGGCACCUGUAGCAUCUCCAAACCUGCAAACACUGACAAACUGAAGUGAACGUAAAUCACGCUCGCUGAUGGAGUUUCCUUUCUGCGUGUGGCGUUUAAUGGGUUGUUGUCUUUCAGCCUUUAGCACAACAUAGAGACUUUGCUCUGUGUUCAUUACACCCACUGCUGAACUGCCCAGGUCCACUGUGCUGUAACAGCUUGAUGUGUAUGUUAGCGCUUGCAUGCGUGACGGCCUCAUGUUUGUCUGAUGGCAUCAUGGCUAAUCUAUGAAGCCUAAACAGUUAUCUGAGAACAAGAAGGGAAAUGUCUCUGUUUAUUGGCUGCAGGCCUGAACCUGGAAGCACAAAUGCACACACACACACACACACACACACACACACACACACACACACACACACACACACACACACACACACACACACACACACACACACACACACACACAAACGCACAUCACAGAGCACCUGCGUUCUGGAUGUUGUUUUUCUCAGAACUCUUUCCCCAGAGCAGCGGUUUUUGGCCCUGGACCUUCGUCUGAAUAAUCUCCUAGUAACUGAUACCACAGCGUCUUCCCAUCUUUUAUUUAGGUAUUUCACCAGCAUUUUUAAACAGUUUAACACCAUGACUUUGAAUUGAUUCUGAGUAUAUUAGUCUGUGUUUCCACUUCCACAAGGCUAAGAGUCGUAGCAGAGCUGUGAGGCUGCUGUGAGAUGCUGAUGUUUAGCAGCUGUAAUGUUUAUCAGGGAGUUGUGCAUGUGAGCAUGGACUUAUUAUUAUUGUGUGUACUGCAUCCCAGCAGAGCUUCAGGAGGGUGUGGAUGGGUGCACUGAGCCUUCCGUGACAGCCCUCAUUGCGGCCAUUCCUCUGACUGUGGCACCGGUGCAGGGCGGAGGAACGGAGGCUCAGGCAGCCGCCGCCCGCUGCACGUGGGGGGUCACUGCUCCUUUGAGUCCACACCCAGGGCAGCGCUUCCCGGUCCUCAUGUAGUAUUGCAGGUGGCGACAGUGUGGUCUGCACUGACUCCGUCCUCGUCUUGUGUUUUCCUUAUUCCUGUACUAGACAUGAUCUUGCACUGGCGUCUCUCUGAACGCCAGACCUGGUUCAGUCAUCAUACAUCAGUUAUCUUUGGCAGCUGCUGCCACUUUAUUUUACCUGGUUUAAAAAAGGACAAAGUUAUUCUACACCUGUUGUAAAUUGCAACUAUGGGACUAUUUUGGAUUGGCCUCGGGCUCCCAGUGGAGACCAUUUCUGAGGCAAACAUGUUUUUUUGUUGCACACUGGUCCACAUAAAUCUCCCAGAAUUGCAGCUCCUUCCAUUUUUCUCUGUGGCUGAAAGCACGGCUGGAAAUCAAUCUUCCAAAUGAAGACUGAGUAGCGUGUGCUCCACCGCUCAGUGCACAGCUUUGUGUCUCUCACACAUACUGUAAUGCACUGUGAGAAACAACAGAGACAUUUUAGAAAAUGGAGUUUUUUUAUUACUGGUGCAUCAGCAUCAUCAUCAUCAUCACCACCACAUUCUCUUAGCGCAGGAUGAAGAUCAGGUGGGACUGAGCUGUUAUGUGACCCUGCCCUGCUAAUCCUGCUCUGAUGAGCGGGUGGCUCAUGUCAGGUCCAGUCGCGUCCCUGCAGCAGCCUGUUGGACGGCCUACAGCCAAGGCGGGACUGGAUCAGCGCCGGGAGAAGCGGCGCAGCCUGACCUGCAGCCCAAUCACUGGCGUGAACGGCCGCAGGGCCAGCUCCAAAACGCUAAAUGGGCAGUGAUGCAUCACUAAGACGGACUUGAAGCUUAAACAAAUCUGCUUAAACAGUGGAGGAGAGUUUAUUAUGUGAAGAAACAAGUGAGCUGUCAGCAGCUGUCAGUGAGGGGCAGCGCUGCCAUCCAUUACUUCCCCCAGAAGGUGUCGAGGCCGCUCUCUGGCUCGCUGUCAUUUCAGUGUGUCCCGUCCUUUUACUCAAUAAAUCUUCUGUCGUCUGGCUCGUUCCUCCGCCCUCUGCUUCUCACCCCACCUUCUUCCCUGUGCAUCUGGGAUUCACAUUUGGCUGCAGCCAACAUUUUCUUAAUGCAAUAUUAGGACGCACUAUGUGAAGCCAUUUACUCCCUGUCACCACCUCUCAUGUGAACACAAGCAGAGGCGGCCACAUAUGGCCCAGGAGCGACGUCUUCUGCUGCCGGCUGUAAAUCGCCUCUGUCCAAAGUGUGUGUGUGCAUGUGAGGGAACAGAAGGACGCGUGCUGCACUGAGUCCGUGAACAUGUGCUGUUUGACCAUAGCUUCUCCCUUGGACGCUCCAUGAUGCGGCUGCAGCGCCACCUCCGUCAGGGAGCUGCCUUCUUUCUGCUGGUGUCCCCUCAGUGAACUGAACCAGCAGAGCUGGAAACGUUCCAGAGGUGGAGGUUAUGGAGACGGGUCACAACCCCAACCACCUACCACAAUGGGAUUCCACACUAUAAGGCGGGUUAUUUACCACGUCAGCCAUCCCACCUGCACACCCCACCCUCACCUUAUGGUGGGAGAGAAUGUGUGAAGAGCCAAGCCACUGGGGCCAGUUGUUGUUAAAUAAACCAAAUGCUUAGGGUUUUAUAACCCUGACCUCGUAAAACUGGCUGCAGCUUUUGGUCAGCUCUCUCCUGAUGGGGCGAACAGAGCCGUCCGGGGCUGGAAUUCCCAUUUGCUGCUGUGGAGCGUGUCGUUGCGUCAGCUGGUGUGUGUGUGUGUGUGUGUGUGUGUGUGUGUGUGUGUGUGUUUGUGUGUGUGUGUGUGAGAGAGAAAGAGAGAGAGCAAAAGAAAGGGCGUAUAAUAUACGACUGCUGUGUCACGAUCCACAUGUGAUGAGUGUCUUCACAGGCAGAGCAUCCAGACUGCUGCUCCGUUUUCCCUGUUCAAGGAACAGAGAGAGAGUGACUGUGGGACAGAGGAGAGAGCGAGAGAGAGAGAGAGAGAGAGAGAGAGAGAGACAGAAGGACAGAGGGAGGAGAGAAUAGCGCUCAGACAAUCAGUGAGUGUGAGAGAGGGAGGUAGAAACAGGAGAGAGGAGCUGGAAACAAUAGUUGACACACAGGAUCCCAGCCUCCGUCUGGAAACCUCAGCUUCUGCUGCUGAAGACAUGGCUCUCCUCCGGCUGCUGCCGUCCUCCCAGCAGGUCGUUGACCUCGGAUCUCCACUCAACUAGAGGAGCAGCAGCAGAACCGGGCCGUCCUCUGUGGAUCCAGAGCCCCAUCAUGAAAGGCUCGGCCUCCCCAGGUCCGCUCUGUGGCCUGCUGCUGGUCCUGGUGUGCUUCCCCCUGCUGGCCUCGGUCCAGUCCGCCAACAGCAACAAGGCCAGCGACAACCCACACCUGGGGGAGUCCGACCCGACCCGCUGCAUGAGGCACCACUUUGUGGAAACCAUCACACACCCAAUUUACAAGUGCAACUCCAAGAUGGUGCUGCUGUCGCGCUGCGAGGGCCACUGCAGCCACACCACCCGCUCCGACCCGCUCAUCUCCUUCAGCUCCGUGCUCAAGCAGCCCUUCAAGAGCACCUGCUCCUGCUGCCGCCCCCACACCUCCAAGCUGAAGGCGGUGAGGCUGCGCUGCGCCGGCGGCACGCGCAUCACCGCCACCUACAGAUACAUCCUGGCCUGCAGCUGUGAGGAGUGCAGCUGAGCGGCCUCCUGGCCCGGGCCUCCACCUGGAGCGGUCAUUGGAUCAGAACACUGCGUGACCCACCUGACUCCCAGGGUGCUAGUUGUUGUUUGGGGAACCACCUUGGUGGAGGCCUGGACGCUCUGGACCAGAACAUGUUCUACCUUCACUGUUAUGUGCAUCCGCUCACUGCAGCUCAUUUUCCAGCUGCUCCUAUGGGUCGUCUGGACCCGCCUCCACGGCAACACAACACGGCUCAACACGCAGGAGAGUUGCAGAACCCACGUGCUGCUCCACUUGGACCUUCACGCAGCUUCUAUUGUUCCACGUUUAAAACCGCUGCUUUUGCUUCUUCUGCUUCUGUCUCUAGUGUCUGUCGUUCUGAGCCUCAGCUCAGCUUCAAUGGGAUCAUGGUCCACGAACUUUACCACAGCUGUUAAUCACAGGGUGAAACAGUGACAGAAAGGCUGGCAGGGAGAAAGGUCAAAGGUCAACCAGAGCACAAGCUGGCUCACACACACACACAGACACACACACACACACACGCACGCACACACACGCGCGCACACACACACACACACACACACACACACACACACACACACACACUCACCUGCUGAAGCUGCCUGUGUGUGAGGCUUCGGCUGCUUCUGACUGAAACUUUUGGGUAAAACCUGUGACGUCAUGUUUAACCUAAACCGUUACUACAUUACAUCAAAGUUAUGUGGUGCCGAAUGUAAAAGAUGCACAUAUAACUAGUUUUCUCCCAUAUAACUAAAUGUGAAAAUGUUACAUGUAAAUAUAAAUAUUAAAUGUGAACAUAAAUGUUAAAUAGAAAUGUCAAUAUUAUGUCUUAAAUGUUCGCCGAGUGUAAAACUCUCAUUAGCAGAGACUGAACGCGUGGAACAGAAGGUGUCCGAGCUGAGGAGCUGCCGCUGCCGGCGACGUCAACGCCAUGAACGCCGAACGUAGGCUUGGAUGGACUUUCUGUUGCGCCGGUGGAGAACUAGUUAGCUAACGUUACUAGCUAGCCGUUGUCUUAAGUUACUUGUAAGCUAUAAACGAAGGUUUCCAGUCAGAUGUGGGCGGAGCUAUGCGCGCACUGUUUGAGGCGUUUGAUCCGCGUCACUGAUCUGACAUCAGCGAACAUUUGGAUUUAAAUAUUUUAUUUAGAUUUAACAGUAAACAUUUACAUUUAGGUUUAAUAGUUAGAUUUAGAUUCAACAUUAGAUUUAUAUUUAUCAUUCAUAUUUAGACUUUUUCACAUUUAGUUAAACGUGGGAAAACUAGUUACACGUUCUCCUUUUACAUUCGGCACCACAUACAAGGAGCUGCAGCCGUUAAACGCAACCUCCAGGUCUGUGGUCGAACUCAUCCUGUGCUUCAGUAAAAGUUUAAAGAAUAAAAUUCCAAUGUGACAGAGGUAAGACUCAUAACAGUUCGGCAGAGACGUGACCCGAUCAGAGGUUCUGGUUCAGUUUCACCCUGUUGUCUCUGUAGUGGAUGUGAGUCAGUGUGUGGUUACUUGUGUCUCUGUGACCUGUUAUUAUGUCCCUGAGUCCCAGUCGGUCCAAUUAGUGCCCACACACGGCUCCAGCGCUGUGACAGCUCUCUCUCACACACACACACACACACACACACACACACACACACACACACACACACACACACACACACACACACACACACACACACACACACACACACACACACACACAAUAAAAUGGCUUUUCCCUGUGA